UGUUCGGUGUCCUGGACCAGCAGCAGCAGCCCGGCCAGCCCAGCCCCGGCGCCAGCCCCAAGGUAGAACUGGACAAGGUGAAGCGGCCCAUGAACGCCUUCAUGGUCUGGUCCCGGGGCCAGAGGAGGAAGAUGGCCCAGCAGCACCCCAAAAUGCACAACUCCGAGAUCAGCAAGCGGCUGGGAGCGGAGUGGAAGCUGCUGAGCGACUCGGAGAAGCGGCCGUUCAUCGACGAGGCCAAGAGGCUGCGGGCUGUGCACAUGAAGGACUAUCCGGAUUACAAAUACCGGCCCCGGCGCAAGAGCAAGGCGCUGGCCAAGAAAGAAGCCAAGUUCCCCCUGGCCGGGGGAACACUGCGGGCGCAGGGACCCUGCGGCAGCCUGGCCGGGGGAACACUGCGGGCGCAGGGACCCUGCGGCAGCCAGCGUCUCGACUCCUUCGGCUGGGGCUCCCCCGGGGGGUUCGCGACGCUGCCGCCCGAGCCCCUGGCUUACCAGCCGCCGCCGGCCGCCCUCCAGCCCCGCUACGAACUGCAGUACCCGCCCGCUUCUCAGCCCUACCCGGCCGGGUCGUCGCCCUACAGUCUGCCGCCGUCCUACCGCCCGCCGCCCGCCUCCCUGCCCAAGAGCGAGGUAUCGGCAGCGACGCAUGCGCAGACGCCGGGGGCCCCGCCAGGGGAACUGCGCGACACCAUCAGCUUGUUCCUCCCUGGCAGUGACGGGCAGGAGCUUUUCGGCCACAGGAGUUAUCACCCCCUGCCUCAGCACUACCAGAACGUCCCGUUGAACGGCACGGUGCCCCUCACGCACAUCUGACCGGAGAUAAGCAGGAACGGACUCGGAAAUACUUCUGGAAGGAACUUUUUUAUUCACUGUAUAUAUGUUUAUAUAUAUUUUGAUUUGAAUUCCUCCGGAGUUGGGGGGGGAGUAAUUUUUAAACUUGUAAUGAACUUUUUAAGGAAUGAGUUUUAACGUUUUAUACUCCCAGCUCUGGGUUCCCAGGUUGCAGAUAGAAGGUAAUGUGUGUGUUUUUUUUAAGAGGUUGUGUGUUUUUUUUAAGAGGUUGUGUGUCUUGUUCAACUUGCCCAACUCCUACUUUCAGGACCAGGUUUAUCACGGGGAGGGGCCCAUUUGGCUCCCGUGUGAUACUUUCAUCUUAAUCGUUUAUUGGGCGUCAGUUUUAUCAGCAUAUCCAGAUAGCUACCACUUCUCCGCGUGGUUUUGCCAGUUACAAACGGGGAUCUUGUGUUAUUACCGUUCCAACCGCUCCAGUGCUGACAACAAGGGUUUUUUGUAAAUUUUGUAUUGCCUGUUUAUCUAAUGCUUUCUGGGAGAAACAGCCCGGUGUAUAACAUGGGUCAAACCGGCUGCACUGCAGACAGUUGGCCCCACGUAUUAUUUUAAAGUGAUGUACAGGUUAUUUCUGUUCUAACGCAGUAAGUGCGUGCAGAAAACGAUAAUAUCUCCUUAGGUUGUACAGUAUUUAUCGAUGUUUGUGCAAGGCGUUCCUUGCACGUGCGCCCGAUCAGUGGUGGGUUUGGAACUGGUUGUACAAGGAGUGUAAACCGGUGUGACCGAGUGCGCCAGAGGUCCUGUGGCGAGUGGGACGCCACUCCGCUGGUAAACAAGCGACCCACUCGCCGACUGAUUCUGCAAUUUCCACCUCGCUGUGUGGUGGGGCUGAGACACGUUAAACAAAUAAUUUUGGUUUGUGGUUUUAAAACUAGUUCCUGGAUCGUUUUACGGACAGGACGCGGGCUGUUUGUAACAAAUAAGUUGUAAGUUUAAGAUUUAUUGCCUCAUUCUGCAGGGGGAAAUGAUCAGUGUUUAAUUGUUAAUCCUAUCUCUGAGACCCCCCCCCCCCUCGUGAAAUCGCCUUGUGUUAACAAAAGGUUUUACUAACCUACAAAUCGGUUGGAUUCUGAGGAGAGUGCUCCUCUAUUUUAGUGGUUGGGGAAAGUUUAUACAUUAAAAACUUUUCCCUUUUUCUGA